CCUCACCACGGAGCGUCACGGAACAAGAGGGAUGACGUCUCUGGCCGUUCCCCUGACGCGGGGAGGUGGGGCGUGGCCUGGGCCAUCUGACGCGAGAGGGUGCGAGGGGAGGGAAACCACCUCCCUCUCUAUGCCCGGUGUUCCGAGAAGUCUCCGCGAGUCAGGGCGUCGACCUGUGUGUGUGCGCGUGCGCGGUGGGGGGGAUGGGUGGGGGGGGUGCAAGAGCUGAGUGCCGCCCAGAUCCCUCAGCAGGCUUAAGGGACGCCGCGCACCGGCCCGUCCCCAGCUGCGGCAAGCGACGCCCUUGCAGUGCCUCUGGCUCCCGGGCUGGUGGUGACGUGAUGACAGGAGCCGGGGAGCGGGGCCAGUCGGCCGACAGCCAGGUCCUUCCCGACACCCUCGGAGAUGGCACGGCGGCGCUGUCUCGCCCCCAGGUACAGGAGCAGGCUGCUUCGGGCCCUCUCCCUCACCGCAACCCCCUGCGCUGCCUCCAGCCCCGGGGGCUGCUUGUACUGAAGACCACCCCGCUGGCCCUCACCCACCACCUGAUGCCCCAAGGAGAAGGCCUCCCGGGUACGGCGUGGUUUCCUCAGGAGGUGGAUCCCCUCACUGCAGACCCGGCCUCCUACCCCGCGGGACUUCUCCUCAGCGACCUGCACCCCUCGCCGACGGCUGCGCCCCCCACCCGGGCCCCCGCCCUCGUUCUCUGCUGCAACUCCGUGCCCAGGGACGGUUCCAGUCCGAACAGCGUCAGAGACCGGGAGCCCAGCCUGCCGAACCCACUGUUUGCCCACGGUUUCUGCAAGUGGCCGGGGUGCGAGCACGUCUUCAAGGAGUACGAGCUCUUCCUGAAGCACCUCGACGACGUGCACAGUCUCGGAGACAGGAGCACGGCGCAGUGUCUGAUCCAGAGGGAGAGGGUGCAACAGCUGCAGCGUGAGCUGCUGUUCGAGAGGGAGCGCUUGGUGGCCAUGCAGACCCAGCUCAGGGCAACACCAUCCAAGGAAUCUCCACGGUGCAACCCAGUCUCCGAUUGGUUGAGGGUUAGUGCGCUUCCUGUGGUGACAGUGGACCCCAGUGAAAGUCAACAUUGGGACAAGGGCAGUGCAAGGCAACUCACAGGAACAAAUGCCUCCCUGGAGUACUACAAGGUUUGCAAUAUCCGGCCGCCACUAACUUAUGCCGCACUUAUCCGAUGGGCCAUCCUGGAGUCCCCGAGUCGCCAGCUUGCGCUGAACGACAUCUACCGCUGGUUCACUCGACGCUUUGCCUACUUCCGAUACAACACCGCCACCUGGAAGAACGCCGUGCGCCACAACCUGAGCCUGCACAAGUGCUUUGUGCGGCUGGAGGACGUGAAGGGGGCAGUGUGGACGGUGGAUGAGCUGGAGUACCAGAGACGGCAGGGACGUCGGGCCAGCAGGGGCCCGGAGACGCGAUGGAGCCAGCAGGCGGACCAGAGGUGAGCGUCGCUGGAGGAGGGGGCUGGAGCGAGGGAGGAGAGGAGAGGAGAAUGACCGUCGCUGUGGCCCCUGAACUGAACUCGCGCCGGUCAGUGCUGUACCGGAGCCAGCAGUUGCAACAA